UGUCACUGGUACAAAUCGACAGAAAAAGAAGAAAAACAUGGCUGUCAAAAAGAGGAAACAAGAUUGAGAAGAAAAGUUUGGAGCUGGUCAGCCUUUUUUUCUGUGCAGAAAUACUGUAAAAGAGCAUUGCAAAGAACUAAUAUUAUAUUCCUAGCGCACACAAACUGACGACGCCGAAAAUAACCUGCAACGGGUUCGGUGCGGUGCUUCUACUAUUGUUCCUGCGGUGGUGUGGUGUCUCUAUUUCCAGGGAUUUCUCGUCUCGUCUGGGCGGCUUGCUUCAAGCCCGCCGUCGUCCAUGAUGGCACCAGUACGCCCUGGCGAAAAAAUGUUUCUCAGCUAAUACCUCUUCUUUCUUCUUUCUAUAUGAACGCGCGUGCACACGAAUUGUGGUGAAACUCGCUAAUUUGUAUGAAAUAAUGAAACUUCAACACGCCUUUACGCUUCACAUUUGCUGUUGAACACUUUAAUCGACGUUGUGUAUGUGUGUGUGUGAAUGUGAACUCUUUCCACAAUCCAUCAAACUGUUGGAUGUGUCCUGGUUCCGUUGCAACAACAAAAAAUAACGUUGUGAAUAACGAUCAACUUUGUAUGUGUUUCCUGUGAACGAAUUUGGUGUGUUUGGUGCGAUCGGCCAUUUAUUUGUUACCGGAUGCCGCACACAUAAUCGCAAUACCGAAACAAUGAUACAGACCAUACAGGAUGUCAACGACUGUGUACCAUUGUACCUGCCGCACAGCUUGUACCUCAAGCCGUUGGCCAAGUUCAACAUCUCAGUUGCACUGCCCGCCUCGAUCACUGGCAAAACCAUCUCUAACUAUGACGUUAUGGAAAAGAUGCGCCAGAUGAUACUGCCCGACAAGUUCUCCCUGCUAAAGGUCUCAAAGAGCACCGUCGGUUUCAUACGGUUCGAGGGAGAGCUGGAGGAUAAGGGCAAGCUGAAAGCCGUCCUCUCCCGGCUCGAUGGUCGUCCGCUACGACUAACCGGGUUCGAGGAAUCGGUGAAAGUGCGAGCAUCGGAGGCGAAGGACGAAUUUCCCACACGGCACGAUUGGGAUUCGUUUUUCCGCGAUGCCCGCAAUAUGGACGAGAUGAAGGCGGGCGAACGGCCGGACACGAUCCAUUUCAGCAAUCUCCCGAUCAAGUGGUUCUGUCCGCGUCACGCCGAAAAUGACGACGGAGCAAAGCCGAGCGAAAGCAUCUUCAAACGUAUCUUCGAGAAGUUCGGUGAGGUGCGGGCCGUCGACAUUCCGGUCUGUGAUCCGUACCGGGCACAGAUGAAGGCGCACAUGUCCGGCAUGAAGAAGUUUAGCUUCGAUCAGGAGAUGUACUUCGAAGGGUAUGUGCAGUUUUCCGAGUACGUCGGGUUCGUGAAGGCGAUGGACGAGUUUCGCGGGAUGAAGCUGGUACGGAAGGAAGGCGAACGCAAUCUGGCCGUUACAAUUGCGGUGGACUUCGAUCGAACGAAACAUCUGAGCGAUUCGACGGUGAAGAAGCGGCAAAUCGUGCGCGAUCGUUUGAUUGGAGCGGAACGCGAGAAGGAAGAGCUGGAAAAGAAGCGGCUGGCAGAGGAAGAAGCGCGCAAAGAGCAAGAAAGAAAACGUCAGGAAGAGUUGCGUCAGGCUGAAAUCGAAAAACAGUUGCAGCGGGAACAACGUCGCAAGGAGAAACAUUUACAAAAGCUACGCCAGAAGGAAUCGGACGAGAUCAAUCAGAAGAUACGCUUGGAGGAAAGGAAGCUGCUAGAAGCACAACGGAAGCUGGAAAGCAUUCGAUUACUCGAUGCACUAUUUGAUCGUAUGAAGUUAAAACAAUCGCUAGAAAAAGGAAAACAGAAAAGUCUCGUAUCGAGUGACGGCGAGGGUAACGAUGAUAUGAGCAUCAGCUCCAUUAAAGAUCGCCAGAAGAAGGCGAACAAGCUGAAGGCGACACAAGAAAAGGAGCUGGAAAAAAUGCGCUUGCGCUUGAAGCAGGCAAAAGACGGCAGUGUACUGAAGAAAGUGCUGAGCACCGGGCUGGGAGUAAAAGUGGAACGGUCCCGUUCGCCGAGCAUUAACACGAUCAGCUCGGACGAUGGUAUUCUGAGCGAUAAUCCGCGCACGAAGACUAAAAAGAAACGUAAAUCAGUAACAAACUCUUCCAAAAAGUCUGGCGGUUCUGGCAUUUCCUCAUCCGGAGGUUCCGACGAGGAAGAGCUACUAUCGGGUGACGAGAAAGCCAAACGUGAAGAAGCGCAAUCAAUGCAAUCGCAAUAUCCCACCCAAUCGAUGCCGUACGAUCGUUCGAUGGGUUACAGCCAUCCGAUGGUUGCGACAGCGAGUUACCCACCGGCUGGCAUGUACCCGGGCAUGGAAUGGGCAGCAAGCAUGAGCUAUCCGUACCCGUACGAUCCAUUCUACGCACAGUACUACAGUUCGAUGGCCUAUCGCGGGGCGUAUCGUACGGCUACCAGAGGACCACGGUAUUCCCGGGGUGGUCUUGGCGGCGGAGGAGUGUCACGGGGCCGGGGCAGUGGAUAUCGUGGUCGCGGUGGGUAUGAUUACUAUCGUGGAGGAGGAGGACGCGGCGGUGAUGAUUAUGACGAGGAUCGUUCAUAUUCGCGAUCGAGGUCUCGGUCGCGUUCACGCUCGCGGCAUCGUCGCCGUAGUCGAAGCCGGCGAUCACGCUCAAGAAGUAGCCGAAGUCGUAGCCGUAGUCGCAGUAGGCGCAGCCGAAGCCGUCGUUCACGUUCCCGGUCUAGCUCACGGUCACGUUCAAGAACACGCUCAAGGUCGCGUAAUUCCAAAUCCAACCGUCACAGCCGCAGCCGUUCGAAAUCUAGAUCCCGGUCGCAUAGUCACCGGCGAAGUAAACGUUCCCAUUCGCGAUCGCGCACACGGUCGGAAGAUCGCGCUAAAAAGAUUGCCGUGCAGAUGUCGAAACCGAUGUCAAAAAAUUUGGUCUCUACCAUCCGUGGCGCAACACCACCGUCCCGAUCACGAUCACGUGGCCAUUCACGGUCAAAAUCCCGGUCACGGUCACACUCGCGUUCUCGGUCGAACUACAAGCAUCGUUCGUCCCGGAAGCAUCGUUCAUCUCGAUCGCGCCGUGGUGAUUCCGAACGCGAAGAACACUCCAAACCGAAGGAACCUCCGGAACCCAUGGAACCGAUGGUGGGUCCAAUUGGACCACGAUCACCACCAGAACCGAUGCCGCAGGUACCUCAAGUAGGGGUACCGAUCGAUCAGAAUGGCAUUGGUGGGAGUGCUAUGGUGGACGAUGAGGAACCUUCGAUGGUGUCGGAAUCGUUUAAGAAACAUCGGAUUAUUGUACGUACCGACACACUCGGUGCGAAGACUACAAAAGAGAUCGAGGAGGAGGUGCGGGAGCGUUUGUUGCGGCAGCAAAAGGAGCGUGAGCUCGAAAUGCGUAAAGAGCGCGAACUGCAGAAGCGAAAAGAGCGCCAAUUGCAGAAGCGAAAAGAGGCCGAAGAAGAAGAGGAUGAUGAAGAGGAAGAUGAGGACGAUGAAGAUGAUGAAGAGGAGGAAGACGAAAGUGAGAACAUUGAGCAUCGGCAGCGACAACAGCGUGAUGCUAAAAUGUCCGCCCGAAGAGCACACAAUCAUGCGAAACCGUUGGAACCGUCAACGCACGGAAAUGGUCAAAAGCGGAAAGAGGAACUUCAUCGGAAACGGAUCGUUACGGCACCGGUUCAUCGCGACGACAAGCGGCACCGCAUUGGACGUACCGACGGGCGUUCAAAUGGUGAAAGUGCUCCUCGUGCAUCUUCAUCCUCUUCCGAUUCGGAGGAUGACAACGACGAUGAGGACGAAGAGGACGAGGAUACGUCCGGCAGUAGUAGUGGUGAGGAGGUAGAUCAUAGACGCCGUCGACCAACAGAGCGCUCGCGGAUAAAACAAUCCCCUGAAAGUCCCCGAGAGCGACGUCGCCGAAGAUUUGAAACUUUACCAUCGGUAGACAAAAGGCAUGGCAAACAAAUGGCACCGGAGAGCAGACAUAUUGCAGUGGAAGAGAAACGCGGUCGUGUUCCAGUUCGACCACCAUCCGGGGCUACCGCGAGAGGAAGAUCGCGUGAGGAACGGCAUAGUAGCGGUGGUCGCCCGAUUGAUAAAGAAAAUAGUCGCCAACGUCGAUCGCCCAGUGGUGGCAGAGGACGGCAUGUACAAACGCGCCAGCGUAGCCGAAGCCGGGAACAUCAUCGCAAAUCAUCGCAUGCGCGGCCAGAAGGUCAGACAAACGCAGGAAGCAGUGGUGAUGAGGCGAGCACACGGCGCAGAGGGGCUGUGGUAACCGUGGGUGGCUCUAGGCACCAUGGUGGUUACCGUGGGAAUCGCCGAUCGUAGAGUAACACGUCUUCUUGAGAUUAGGCUAGACUAUUGAUAGCAACGGACAUGGUAUAGUAGUAAAAAUGUAGUAGUAAAAGCGAGAGUAAAAUAGACGGAAUAUCUCAUCGUUUCCUUACAAACUUUUAAUUCGGAGAUUUGGUUCUGUAUUUUACUUCACAACAACAAAACUUUGUAAAAUGGACCUGGAAAGUGUUCCGGCAAUUGUAAUGCAUGACUAUAUAGAUAGUCAGUGUUGCGCCAGGAACAAUCGUCUGUUCCGAAAACUGUAGAAAAUGUUUCACCUACUCAAAGUUGUAGCAAAAGCGCGAUAACGUUUUAAACAGUGCAUUGUCCGUUCGAGAUUUUGCCUAAAAAGUGUGUAUGUGUGUAGAAGUGUAUAACAUAACGAAUGUGUAUAAAUAAUAAAUCUUCUUUUCCACAAUCAA